CGGGCGGGCGCCGUCGUUGGCCGCGGCGGCGGCGAACGCGGCGGCGGGCGAUGGCGGGUCGCGCCGGCUCGCCGACGAGGACUGCGGGGAGAAGCGCGGGUGGGGCGUCACGGUCGGCUGCAUCGUCGGCGUGCUGUACCUCUUCCUGGCCAUCGCGAUCAUCUGCGACGAGCUCUUCGUGCCGGCGCUCGAGGUCAUCGCGGAGAAGUGGGAGCUCAGCGACGACGUGGCGGGCGCAACGCUCAUGGCGGCCGGCGGGUCGGCGCCGGAGCUCGCGACGUCGUUCGUGGGCACGUUCAAGCGGUCCGCCGUCGGCUUUGGGACCAUCGUCGGCAGCGCGGUCUUCAACGUGCUCUUCGUCAUCGGCAUGUGCGCAAUCUUUACGCCUCCGGAGCUCGCGCCGCUGCAGCUGACGUGGUGGCCGCUGUUCCGCGACUGCUCCUACUACUCGAUAACGCUCGUCACGCUCGGCGCUUUUUUUCGGUGGGGGGGCAAGGGCGAGAUCAUGUGGUGGGAGGCGCUCAUCCAGUUCGUGCUCUACUUCGGCUACGUCGCGCCCCGCGCGAGCAUUUCACCGGUCGACCGCGUCGCGUUGGCGGGUUUGUCGUCGUCAGAGGGGCGGGGGAGAGAGAGAAAGGCGGAUCGACCGAAGCAAUCCGGCAGGUCUCGUUCAUGGCGGUCAACGAGCGCGUCGAGCGGCACGUCAAGACGCGGUGGCUCGGCCUGGCCGCGGACGACGGCGCCGCCGCGCCCGCGGGGACCGACGACACCGACGCGACGACGCGCGAGCGGGCGGAGGACGUCCGCCCCGCGUCGGACGUCGAGAUGGACUCGUCGGCGGACUCGGACCGCCGCCGGCCGCGCGCGCCGUCGCGGCCGGCGAACUUUCGCGCCGGCAUCGGCCGCCUCCUCAUGGGCCAGUCGGCCGACUUUUUGCUCCAGACCGGCGUCGUCGCCGUGACGCAGAUCGCCGGCGACGUCGACGCGACGUUCGACCAGCUGGACGCGGACCAGUCGGGCGAGCUCGACCUCGACGAGCUCGGCACGCUCCUGGGCCUGCUCGGCGACGGCGAGGCCGUCGACCCCCAGCGCGUCGACGCGCUGCGCGCCGAGAUCGACGGCGACGGCACGGGCACGGUCCGCCGCGACGCGUUCCGCGUCUGGUACCUCGCGUCGGAGCAGCGCCUGCGCGCCGAGGCGCGACGCCUCUUCGACGAGUUCGACACGGACCGGUCGGGCGACGUCGACCUGGCCGAGUGCGAGGCGGUGCUGGCGGCGCUCGAGGCGCGCUGGGGCGUCCACGCGCGCUGCGGCUCCGCCGUCGAGCUCCUCGCGCAGAUCGCCGGGCCGGGCGCCGACCGCGCGACGUUCGACGCGUUCCACGCCUGGUACCAGACGUCGAUUUUCUACGAGCGCGCGCAGGCCGAGGCCGAGCUCCAGGCCGAGGCCACCAAGUCCAUGUGGCGGACGACGGUCGAGAACGUGCGCGGGUUCGGCGACCUGGAUGCGCGCGAGCGCGUCGUGGUCCUGGUGUGUCUGCCGCUCAACGCGGUCCUGGGCGCGACGGUGCCCGACUGCACCGUGCCGGGCAACGAGAAGUGGUGCUACGCGACGUUCCUCGUCUCGAUCGCGUGGAUCGGCGCGUUCGCGUGGCUCAUGGUCGAGGGCAUCGAGAUCAUCGGCCGGCAGAUCGGCGUGCCCGUGUUCAUCAUGGCGCUCACGUUCCUCGCGGCCGGCACGCGCGCGCCCGCGCCCCGGACGCCGCUCUGCGUCGGAGUCGACCUUCGGUCCGCGCGCAGGUCCGUGCCCGAUUUACUGUCGUCGGUCGUCGUCGCCAGGCAGGGCAAGGGCGACAUGGCCGUCUCGUCGUCCAUCGGCUCGAACAUCUUCGACGUCGCCGUCGGCCUGCCGCUGCCCUGGCUCUGCUACACGAUAUAUUUCCGCGAGCCCGUAAAGGUGGCGCAGGCCAGCGCCGUUUUCAUUUCCGUCGGCAUCCUGCUGUUCAUGGUGCUCGCGGUCAUCUUCUCGAUCAUGGCGUCGGGCUGGAAGAUGUCCCGCGCGCUCGGCGUCGGGAUGUUCGGCCUCUACCUCGUAUACGUCGGCCAGGAGAUCCUCCGCGCGGCGCUCGCAAAUAGGUUCGGCGGGUGCUAG